AUGGCCAAGGCGGAGAAGAAGGAGGCCAAGCCCAAGACUGAGAAGAAGGAGAAGCCUGAGAAGAAGGAGAAGCCUGAGAAGAAGGUGGUGGAGAAGAAGGCUGCCAAGCCCAAGGCUGAGAAGAAGGAGAAGCCCGCCAAGAAGGAGAAGAAGGAGAAGGACCCCAACGCUCCCAAGCGGGCACUUGGCUCCUACAUGUUCUUCUCAGCGGACAAGCGCGGCGAGAUCAAGGAGAAGAACCCCUCCUACGGUGUUGCCGACAUUGCCAAGGAGCUGGGUGCCGCUUGGAAGGCCCUGGGCGAGAAGGAGAAGUCAAAGUACGAGGAGCUGGCCAAGAAGGACAAGGAGCGGUACGAGAAGGAGAAGGCCAAGUACGACGCCGGAAAGUAG